AUCUUAACACGUUCAUACUAAAAUUUAAAGCAAAAUAACUGAGCUAAAAUGACCGAAAAUGUGGUUGCUGCUCCGCUUAGCCGAAUCCCGGGCACCAGCCAGGCGAAGGAGAAGCACAGCAAAGACCUAAAGACCCUCACUUAUCCGCAGCUGUUGGAGAUGAGAGAUAGGCAGUCGCACUUUCUGUCGUUCAAAAAGCGUCUGCAUCAACUGCCGGACAAGGGAAAGCGUCUUCAGGAGUCGUACGACAAAUUACUGGCCGAGAUCAAGAGACGGGAUGAAGUGGAGGAGGCAACUCGAAUGCUGAGCGGUCUCAACAUAGUCGAAAAGGGAAAAAUAGCUCUCAACAACCUGGAGUGGAAUGGCAGAAACACGGACGAGGGCGCCCAUGUGGACGACAUUCUGGACAGCGAUGACGAGGUAGAAAUGGAUCCCCUGAAGAUUAUAGCGCAGGGAACAAUGCACGAGAAGAAGGUCACGGUGAUUCCUCCGCCAACGAGUCUUAUUACGGCAGAGGAUAUGGUGGAUAUCGAGGAGUUUAAGAAACCAACCGACUCCCCAGAUUCGGCUUUGGCGGGGCAUAGUGACACCAGUUCCCUUCCUGCCGAGAUUGUAGAAAUAGACGCCGGCCAAGUGGCCGACAAGCUGAACAAGGAGCUUCCUCCCGAUCAGCAUGCCCUCUACCUCAUCGAUAAGACCGAAACAAAUGUGCAUACUUCUAGAGAAAAGUUUAUGCCAUUCCGCACCACCAAGUCCAAUGUCCACGAUCCCGACAAAGAGCGGGUGCGGAAAAAAGGCAAGCACUGGGAGAUAACGGCAGCAACUCCGCCACUCAUCCAGUACAAAGAGGCCCAGUUGGUGCCAUUGGCUGAGUCGGCUGCGUUACAGAUGGAUUACAUGCAACGAGUUAAGGAGGUUCGCAUUCAGCAGGCUGAACAGCGGUUGGCCCGGCUUAAAAGCUCGCGACUCGGACUUGGCCUGCCCGAGGAAUCCAUUAUAAAAACCAAGGAAUCCUUCCGCAACUACCGUGAUCCACAAGCUACAUUUUUAAUCGAAGGCAGGCAAAAAGCCAGCGAAGCGAAUGAAGUGCACGAUCCCACCAUUGAAGACAGAGGAGUAGCCGCCAGUGGCAUUCACUACACGGUGUUCGAGUAACUUGUGGGCAGAGCAUGAGAGAAAAUGCCUCUACUGCUAUUCGAUUUUCCAUAAACAUUGUAAGCUAUUUAUUCGCGUAGGCAACAAUUACUAAAUAAGACUGCAUACAUAACUA